AUGCGUUCCUACAUCUUUGACGAUAUCCCCGGCGACCAGCGUCUGCCUCACGACUCUGGCAAUCCCAUCACGGCCGACCAGUUGAAAGAGAUCGGAGUGCUGUAUUGGAAUAUCCCUCACGAUGAUCAGUGGGAGCAGAAUAUCGAUGCCCUGGCUAAAGAGAGGGACUACAAGAACCGAGACCAGAUCCUCGUCACCCGAGAAGGACUAGGAGAAGCCUACGAGACCAAGCUCAAGAGCUUCUUCGAGGAACACCUGCACGAGGAUGAGGAAAUUAGGUAUAUCUUGGAAGGCAGCGGGUUCUUUGACGUUCGAGAUCACUCGGAUGCCAAGUGGAUCAGGAUUCACGUAGAACAGGGCGACCUGCUCGUCGUACCGGCUGGGAUCUACCACCGAUUCACCCUGGAUGAGAAGGACAAGGUCCAGGCUCUUCGUUUGUUCAAGGAUGAACCUAAAUGGGUACCUUACUCUCGUUCGGAAGAAGUUGAUAAAAACCCUUAUCGUCAAGAUUACCUCUCUUCGCUCAAGACCACCAAGGCCUAAUUGAAGAGGCGAAUUUGGAUUCGAUGGCUAAGGUGGGAGCAGCGUCAGAGAAUGGGGGGACAAGAUAAGGCUGUAUCCAUAGGAUGAUCGUUUGGACAAGAAGAUUGAAUAAUACAUUGAAACGAUAUGGCGGUCAACUACUAGACUAUUAUCACAAUUCACCAGAAGACAGUUGGAUUUUGACCGUCUGAGCUAUAUGCGGUAAACAGACGCAAGCUGAGCGGUGGGCCGCGCCUAUACUACUGCGUACUGAUAGUGGUAGGAGAUGUACCGUCGUCAUCGUUGUCACUAUCAUUAUCGAACUGUAAAGGGACAGGCUUGUAAGAGAUUCCUUCGUUGGCGUCCGAGUGAUCCCUAGUGUAGUAGAGUGCCAGGGUCUCGCAUUCCCAUGCGG